AAUCGACUAACGUUAGACCGAAUGGAGGAAGUGGCGUUGAAGCAGUGGCUGGCGCCGUGGCCCAAGAUCAGCGCGCAGCUGAGCAACCUCCUCGUGGGUCUCAAACGCCGUCAGAUUACGGGCUCCUACGAGACGUCCCGCAAAACCACUGAGCUUCUGCGCUCCAUUCUCGGCACGGUGCGGUGGACCCAUGCGCGGCAGUUGAUGGACAACAUUCGGCUGUUGGGUCGCGUGCUCGUCAAGGCGAUCCCGCAGGAAUUGGCGAUCGGGAAUGUGAUCCGACGCGUUCUGUUCAUCAUCCGCGAAGAGUACCUGAACGCCGUGAAGACGUUGUCCAGCCAGACGCAAUCGCAGUUGUCACUUGGGACGAUCCUCACCCCGGGGACGGAGGCCGAUUACACGACGCCAAUCAAGGAACUCAAGCAAUCCGUCAUGGAAGGCGUUAGCGAACUCAUGGACGAAAUCGAAAACCUCCAUGUGAGCAUCGCCGAGCAGGCCAUGGAGUACAUCCACGCCAACGAGGUCAUCUUGACGUACGGCAUGUCCACGUCCGUGGAGGAGUUCCUCAAGGCCGCGGCGAAGAAGCGCCAGUUCAAGGUCAUCGUCGUCGAGUCGGCGCCGCUGCUGCACGGCCAGGCGUCGGCCCACCGCUUGGCGGAGAGCGGCAUCGACACCACCCUCAUCCCCGACAGCGCCGUCUUCGCGCUCAUGGCUCGCGUCAACAAGGUGGUGAUUCCGGCCGUGGCCGUGGUGGCCAAUGGAGGGCUCAUUGCCGAGUCUGGGAUUCAGAACAUUGCGCUGGCCGCCAAGAAGUUUUGCGUGCCGGUGGUGUGUGUAGCAGGGCUGUUCAAGCUGUGCCCGUUGUUCCCGCACGAUGUCGAUGUACUCAACGAACUCGUGUCCCCUGCGCACAUUUUCAACUACGACGACACUUUGCACAAUAUCGACGUGCUCAACCCAGUUAACGACUACGUCCCCCCCGAGUUUGUCACCAUCUUCAUCACCAACACGGGCGCGUACCAGCCGUCGUACAUCUACCGCCUCUUGACCGAGUAUUACUCGCCCCAGGACUACCAACUAGUCUAACAACCUCCAACACACUAAUCAAAGGGUAGUUAGUUGAACUAACUAUAUGUGGAAAUUGCACGGUGCAAAGUCGCCCCGCAUAUUGUG